UGCAGCUGUUACAGCUGUCAUUUUAUUUCCUUAGAAAUGUUGGGAACAAAAUAACAUUGUUAAAACAGAUGUGUUAUAAAUGUUUCUAUAUGUACGUCAAGUAUUGGUAAUAAGCUAUUGAUAAAUAUUUAAAUAUUCGACAAUAAAAAAAUGGAUAUAGCUAAGUGUCUGUUUAAUGUUCGGGAUCAUGAAGGUUACGUUGGAAGGGAAGAUCAUAACAAAAAGCUUCAAACGAUUGGAUCUGAAGAUGAAUGUGAUACAGACGUCAAUGGAUUAUGUGAAGAUCUAAUUUCUCCAGUUCCUGGAGGACCAUUUUCUGCUUUAACUCCAUCAAUGUGGCCUCAAGAUAUUUUAGCAAAACUCAGUCAACCAGAUGAUCCAAAUUCUCAACCAGAUUAUAGAUUUGACGAGUUUGGUUUUCGAGUAGAAGAAGAAGAUGGUCCAGAGCAGAGUUCAAAAAAACUUUUAGGCGUUCCUUUCGUAGAAGAUCCUCAACAUCGCCAACAAUGGCUGACAUUGAUGGAGUUUAGUCGUACACAAGAAAUAUCUGAUGUCUCAUGGAAUAAAACAGAUCAACGAUUACCAAGGACUGAUAAGUUAAGAGAUAUGGUAAGACGGGGGAUUCCACAUUCUCUCCGUCCAAGGAUCUGGAUGAGGAUGUCUGGGGCUUCACAAAAAAAGAUGUCAUCAGAAAUGACUUAUAAAGACAUUGUCAAAGCAUCUAGUAGUGAUGCUUUGAUGACUAGUAAGCAAAUAGAAAAAGAUUUAUUAAGGACUAUGCCUGCGAAUGCUUGUUUUUCUCAUCUACACAGUACAGGAAUCCCUAGAUUAAGAAGAGUAAUGCGUGGAUUAGCUUGGUUGUACCCAGAUAUUGGUUACUGUCAAGGAACUGGUACCAUUGCUGCUUCUUUAUUAUUAUUGCUUGAAGAAGAAGAUACUUUUUGGAUGAUGGCAACAAUUGUUGAAGAUUUAUUACCAGCUUCGUACUAUUCUUCAACUCUUUUGGGUAUUCAAGCUGAUCAAAAAGUUCUAAGAACACUCAUAGCUAAUUUCUUACCUGAUAUCGAUCACGUUCUAGUCCAACAUGAUAUAGAAUUGAGUUUAAUCUCUUUACACUGGUUUCUUACUUUAUUCGCAUCUGUUGUUCACAUGAAAAUUUUACUGAGAAUAUGGGAUUUAUUCUUAUUUGAUGGAUCUAUUGUUUUAUUCCAAGUUACUCUUGGAAUGUUAAAAAUCCGUGAAGCAGAAUUAAAACUACUGGAAAACUCAGCACAAAUAUUUAACGCACUUUCUGAUAUCCCUGGUGAUAUCGACGAUGUUGAUCAAUUAUUUGAAGUAUCUUUAGAAGUAAGUGGAUCUUUGACUGAUGUUCUUGUUGAAACACAUCGAAGAAGGCAUUUGACUUAUUUAAUGGCUGAUCAAGGUGGCCUUGUUGGAAACCCUGAUGCCGCACCUAAUUUGCCUAAACAACACUUGAACAAACGACAAAUGAAACGAAAUAAAUCAGCGCUACAGAUGUUUUUAUUUGGUAGUGAUUUAAGUGAAGAAGAUGCUAAGUCUAAAAAUAUUCGGCAAACAGAAAUUUUAGUAGAUUUGAGAGAAACAAUUCUUCAAGUAUCUCGACACUUCAUCAAUGUUGAUCCCAAAUUGAACGUAACUUUAGUGGCUGAUUAUACCAUGGAAAGUCAUGCUAAGGAUCAUGACAAUUACGUCAAUGUUUCUAGAACAAGAAAUAGACGAGCGAAAGCUUUGUUAGAUUUUGAAAGACAUGAUGAUGACGAGUUAGGUUUUAGAAAAAAUGAUAUAAUUACAAUAAUAAGCCAAAAGGAUGAGCAUUGUUGGGUAGGAGAAUUGAAUGGACUUCGGGGUUGGUUUCCGGCAAAAUUCGUUGAGUUGCUUGAUGAGAGAAGCAAACAAUAUACAUGUGCAGGUGAUGAUGCAGUAAGUGAAGCAGUUACAGAUCUUGUAAGAGGAACAUUAUGUCCAGCAAUAAAAGCCGUACUCGAGCACGGAAUGAAGAGACCUUCAUUUCUUGGAGGUCCUUGUCAUCCGUGGUUAUUUAUUGAAGAAGCUUCAACUAGAGAAGUUGAGAAAGAUUUUAAUUCUGUCUAUAGUAGACUGGUGUUAUGUAAGACUUACAGACUUGAUGAAGAUGGUAAAGUUUUAACUCCAGAAGAGUUGCUUUAUCGCUGUGUUCAAGCUGUUAAUCUAAGCCACGAUAAUGCUCAUGCACAGAUGGACGUUAAGCUACGAUCUCUUAUUUGUCUGGGAUUAAAUGAACAAGUUCUACAUUUAUGGCUUGAAGUUUUGUGCUCUUGUGUUGAGGUUGUUCAAAAGUGGUAUUACCCAUGGAGUUUUGUCAACAGUCCAGGAUGGGUUCAAAUAAAAUGUGAACUACGAAUCCUUAGUCAAUUUGCAUUUAAUUUAAAUCCUGACUGGGAAUUACCGCAGAAAAAAGAACAAUCCCAGCCUUUGAAAGACGGGGUGAGAGAUAUGCUUGUAAAACAUCACCUCUUUAGUUGGGAUUUGUGAAAUAUUUAAUUAAUUUAUUCUUUGGAAAAAAAAUCUACUAACUUUUUAAUGUUAAUCUUUUAUCGAAAUUAAUAUUUUUUAUUUGUUCAGUCUGUAAUAGAUACUUGCCAAUGAAAAAAUAAUAUUUACUAUUUAUUUAUCACUGUAUAAUCAGUAAAACGAAUCAAACAGAUAUUUAAGUACCUGUAGAAACGUGCGCAUCCAUAAUGUAACGAUAAUCCCUGUGGAUCUAUCAUAAAUAAUAUUUUAUUUUCUUAAUAAGCCAAAGAUUAAAUAAAUUGAUCGGAGAAUA